UCAUCUCUUUCUCUCUCUUUUCCUUUUAAAAAAACCCCUAGAAACAGAGGUGUUUGUCUUCUGUUUCAGAUUGGAUCUCAAAAACAAUUUUAACCCAUAAUUCAAAUCAUGUCUCUGACUGUUGAGAAAACCUCAACCGGCCGUGAAUACAAGGUCAAGGACAUGUCCUUGGCUGAUUUCGGCCGGUUGGAACUCGAGCUAGCCGAAGUUGAAAUGCCCGGUUUGAUGUCUUGCAGGACCGAAUUCGGCCCUUCUCAGCCAUUCAAAGGCGCAAGAAUCACCGGUUCUCUUCACAUGACUAUCCAAACCGGUGUCCUUAUCGAAACCUUGACCGCAUUGGGUGCUGAAGUCAGAUGGUGCUCCUGCAACAUUUUCUCCACCCAAGAUCACGCUGCAGCUGCCAUCGCACGUGAUUCCGCUGCGGUUUUCGCAUGGAAAGGAGAGACCCUUCAGGAAUACUGGUGGUGCACUGAGCGAUCCUUGGACUGGGGCCCCGGUGGUGGACCCGAUCUGAUUGUUGACGAUGGAGGUGAUGCCACAUUGUUGAUUCAUGAGGGAGUGAAAGCUGAAGAGGAGUUUGAGAAGACCGGGAAGUUGCCUGACCCGACUUCAACGGAUAAUGCCGAGUUUCAAAUCGUGUUGUCGAUAAUUAAGGAAGGAUUGCAGGUUGAUCCAAAGAAGUACCACAAGAUGAAGGAAAGAUUGGUGGGAGUGUCUGAAGAGACGACAACCGGUGUCAAGAGGUUGUAUCAGAUGCAGGCUAAUGGUACCUUGUUGUUCCCUGCCAUUAAUGUCAAUGACUCUGUCACCAAGAGUAAGUUCGACAACUUGUAUGGAUGCCGCCACUCGCUCCCUGAUGGUUUGAUGAGAGCCACUGAUGUCAUGAUUGCCGGAAAGGUUGCAGUUGUAUGUGGUUAUGGAGAUGUCGGAAAGGGUUGUGCUGCUGCCAUGAAGCAAGCUGGUGCCCGUGUCAUUGUCACAGAAAUUGACCCCAUCUGUGCUCUUCAGGCUACCAUGGAAGGUCUCCAAGUCCUAACUCUUGAAGACGUACUUUCAGAAGCCGAUAUCUUUGUCACCACCACUGGUAACAAGGACAUCAUCAUGGUUGAUCACAUGAAGAAGAUGAAGAACAACGCAAUCGUCUGCAACAUUGGUCACUUUGACAAUGAAAUCGACAUGCUUGGUCUUGAGACUUACCCUGGUGUCAAGAGAAUCACCAUCAAGCCCCAAACCGAUAGGUGGGUUUUCCCCGAAACCAAGAGUGGUGUCAUUGUGUUGGCAGAGGGUAGGCUCAUGAACUUGGGUUGUGCCACUGGUCACCCUAGUUUCGUGAUGUCGUGCUCUUUCACUAACCAAGUGAUUGCCCAACUCGAGCUUUGGAACGAAAAGGGAACUGGCAAGUACAAGAAGGAGGUGUAUGUUUUGCCUAAGCACCUUGAUGAGAAAGUGGCUGCUCUUCAUCUUGGAAAGCUUGGAGCCAAGCUCACUAAGCUCACCAAGGACCAGUCUGAUUACAUUAGCAUUCCUAUUGAUGGUCCUUACAAGCCCGCUCACUACAGGUAUUGAUCAAAGAGAAUUUCAACUGAUCUGGAGUACCGACGAGGUUCUUUUCUUUAUAAACGUACCAAGUUUGCUUGUGUAUGAAGAUUAUAAUAUUUUCCUUUUGACUUUUGUUGGGAUUGUUGGUGGGAGAGAAUGGAGGCUUGGUGAAGAAGUUUGUGUGUAAGUGUAGUUUUGUUGGACUAGAAGUUUAACUUCAUUAUGAAAUUUAAUAUGAAAAAUGAGUGUUUUUACACCAA